GCUUGUGCAUUUUAGCCGGCACUUUUUGUUUCUUUAAAUGUCGGGAGCGUUAGGCCAGGCACGCAUUUUCGGAUGUCACGGGUCACCUAUCUCUAGUGAACUCUCCGCGUACAACCUGCCUGAACCCUGAGGUGAGGGCGUUUGCAACCUUCACCGGGGAGCAACUUCACUAGAUUUAGUAAUUACAAUAACACUCGGACAACCAGCCGGAGAACGGAAAAAAAGCCCGAAGUAACAGCCCAGACGCCCAGCAGAGGCGGAGCCGAAGAAUGGAGGAAGGGGCGGGGCGCAUGCGCGGCCACGCACUGCGCACGGUGCGCGUUGCCAAGGCAGCGGGGAAGGCGUCACCCGGAAGAGCCGUCCUAAAGCCGUUGGCGCCGAGACUUUCCCGGUGAGCUCCGCGCUCACUAGGUUUUGAGAUAAUCUUGCCCACAGGAAAGCAGACAAGGAGUCGAGUGUGACACAAGAUAGUGACCAUCCGCCUAGAAGUCGGAAAAUUGAAAAGGAGAGAGGAGAAUCAACCUAAACCGGCAUGAGGGCUAUGGCACACGUUUCCUUCACUGAUGAGGUACAAAAUUCACUUAAUUCCUCUGGAGGAAGGCAGUUUUCGUCCCAUGCCUCCGAGAGUGAACUGAACACUGGAUAUCGGACUACAAGCUUGGAAGAACAAGAAUCCGAGUUUUCAGACUCCAAAAAUAAUGAAAUGAAGUUUAGUAGAAAAUGGAUCAAGUACCUCAAGGACAAAAAAACUAGCUCUGGACGAUACCAACCAGACAAUAAACUUCAAACAGAAAUUACUCAAGUAUCCAAUGAAGAACUGCAUGCCCAGCAGUCUUUUUGCACCAUUAAGGUAAACUUGAUCCACCACAGAGUGAACUCGAAAAGCAGCAGACAUAAAAAACUGCGGCUUAGAUUGGGUGCGGAGGCCUCUGAGAUAGAUGCUUUAAAUUGUACUGUCCCUCGUGAGCUUUUGAGCAGACUCUACUUUGAAAACCUGAGGGCAACACUGAAACAAAUGGAAACAGCUAAGCAACACAUUUUAUCUCAGUGCCCUAGCUGUAACACGAAAAGAGCAGAGCUGGCUCAAUCUGCCUUCCUGAGACAAAAGAAGACUUUACUGGAGUCACUUCUUCUGGAAGAGAGAAUUGAUGAACGUCUUCAUACCACAGAUUUUCUCACCCAUGUGAGAGAAGUACAUCAGGGCCUUCCCAGGCUGUUGGAUGAUCCCAGAAUGAUCUGGAAAAGACUGACAAAGUUGAGAUACAGUACUGGGGCGUUGAAAGAUCAGAUACCAAACAGAGGCUGUAACCAGUUACCUAAGCAAACAGGACAUGGUGAUUAUUAAAGAUAAUCUGUAAUAUUUAAAGGCCAAGAACUUUCCAUCCAAUACGUCUUUUAGAGUAUAGAAGGUAAUGUUGUAGUUUGAAUAAUUACAAAGCUUUUACAGUGAUCCAGGAGAGAGAUAUUGGUAGUUAAAACUAGGGUGUUGACAGUAAAAAGAGAAAGAAAUGCAGUGAUGUAAGAGAUCCUUAGGAAGUGAAAAUAGACUUUGUUGAUGAAAUGACUACAGGGAUUUAAUAUAAGGAAUAUGUUAAAAUGUUGCUAGAGUUCUCACUGGUGUACCUGGGUGAAUGAUAGUUUCAUUAAGACAGGAACACUAGAAGAGGGACGUGUAAUGGGAGUGAUCAAUAGUGUAAUUAUUUGUCAUGAGUAGUUUAAGGUAUAUGUGAGACACACAUUUAGAGUUUGAGGAAACAUUAAGUUGUUUAUACUUGCAGUCUAGAGUAAAGGUCUGUAGAUUUUAAACAAAAGGGCAGGUGGGGAAAGUACUGACAUACAUGGAAAUUGAAGCUGUAGAUGUGAUGUGCUCUGCUGAAGUUGAAUAGAGUGAGCAUACUGUCGGGGUUAGUACUAACUCUUGAGAAAUGCCAACAGUUAAUGGACAGGUAGCGAGAAUAAAGUUGUAAAAAGAAGUUAUUAGGUUGAAAGAAAUUAUCUCAGGAAUAAAGGAAACAAAGGAUGUGUUGUGGUACAGAAGUCAAGGAAUGCUGAUUAUGGACUGAAACAUUUACAAAUUCUGAGCUAAAUAAACGUUUCCCCUUUAACUUUGAAUGUUGGGUAUUUUGUCUCAGCACUGAAAAAGUAACUAAGACACAGAAUUAUUUGGAAAUACUUUCUUUUAUUCCAUGAGUUGCUUUUCCAGUACUUUCUUGAGUCUUUUAAUCCACAAAAAUUUGAAAUUCAGUGAAGUCCAAUUUAUCUCUUUUUUUUUUAACCUAUGCUUUUGGUGUCAUAUUUAAGAAACAUUGUCAAAUCUAAAGUCAUGUAGCAUGGCCCUGCAUUUUCCUCUAAGAUUUUUAUGGUUUUGUAUCUUAUGGUUAGGUCUAUUAUGGGUUGAAUGUGUCCUUGAAAAUAGAAAACCUCAAAUUCAUAUUUUAAUGGUAUCUGGAAAUGGGACAUUUGGGAGUCAGUUAGAAAUGGGUGAGGCCCAGAGGGUAGGGUACCCAUGAUGUCACUGGUAGCUUUGUAAACACUGCUAGAAAGUGUGCUGUGUCCACCAUGUACUGCCAUCCACCACAUUAUGAUACAGCCAAAGCCCCUCUCCAGAUGCUAAUGAGACACCGGUGCCAUGCUCUUGGAUUACCAGCCUCGAGAAAUGUAAGCCAUGUAAGUUUCUGGUCUUUUUGUACUGAGUCUCAGAUAUUGCAUUGCAGAACUAGAAAAGACUAAGGUAUGUCUUUACCAAAUUUUGAGUUAAAUUUUUGUUGAUGGUGAAAGGACGUAGUUCGAGACUUUGACAUACGGUUAUAUAAUCUUUUCAGUGUUAAUUUGGGAGAGACUGUUCUUUCUGUAUUGAAUAGCCUUGGCAUUUUUGAUGAAAAUCAUUGAUUACACAGGUGAGGAUUUAUGUAUGAACUCUAAAUUCCAUUCACUGGUGUUUAUAAAUCUCCUUUUAUCAGUACCCUAUUGUUUUGAUUACUGUGAUUUGGGUUACUUUGAAAACAGGAAGUGUGAAAUUUCCAUUUUUGUUCUAGUGACAAAACUCCAUUUUUGUUCUUUUUUUCAACAUUGUUUUGGUUAUUUGAGGUUCCUGGAGAUUCCACAUAAAUUUCAGGUUGUACUUUUCUAUUUUUGCAAUGUAUAUGUAUUGUACAUUGACUAGAAGCUGUUGUCUAUAUAUUAUUUUGGGUACUAUAGAUAUAUUAAUAGUAUUAAGUUCUUCAGCUAUGUAAUGCAUACAUUUUAUUUAUCUGUGUCUUCUUUAAUUCCGUUCCUCAGCUGUUUGUAUUUUUCAGUGUUCAAGUGUAGCGCCAGUUUGGUGAAAUUUACUCCUAAGUACUUGCUUCUCUUUUUUCAAUUUUAAUUGACAAAAAAAUUCUUUUUUUGAGGGGGAUAUUGCUCAUUUCUAACAGAAAUGCAGUUACUUUUAUGUCCAACAAGUUCGUUGAAUUCUCUUUUUUUUUUUUUUUUUUUUUU